AUGGCCAGAGUUGGCAAGGCCUUUCUAACAUCAUUAAAAUCUAACGUCAACCUUGGCUGUUGUUAUUAUCAUUAUCAUUUUCAUCGUCAUUCUAUCACUUACUCAUUUUUGAGGCAUUUGAAUUUACCAGAAUCGCGAGCAAUUGCAAGGUACGUGGCACGCAAGUACGAGUCCUCCGGUCCUGACCUUUUGAGGGAGGGUAAUUUGCGGGAGUCGGCAAUGGUGGAUCUGUGGUUGGAAGUGGAGUCCCAACAAUACAACCCAGCCAUCUCUUCAAUUGUCAACCAGUACCUCAUCAUCCCCAUACAUGGAGGUGUCCCUGAUCAGAAGCUCAUCGAUGCGAAUGUGGAGAAGCUAGGGAUGGUGCUCGACGUGUACGAGGAUCACCUGUCCAAGACCAAGUUCUUUGCCGGAGACUUCUUCAGUCUUGCUGAUCUCGACCACUUGCCUUACACUCAGUACUUGAUGGCCACCCCUUAUGCAUCACUCUUCGAAUCGCGCCCACAUGUUAAGGCGUGGUGGGAAGAAUUGUCAUCAAGGCCUGCUGCCAGGAAGACGACCGCUGCAAUGCCAAAAUCUGGGUGAAGAAGUUUAACGGUCAUGGAGAGGAAAGGAAUAUGGUGCUGCUGUUGAAAUAG